GCCUGCGGCUCGCGGAGCAGCUGGCUCGGCGUGAGGACGAGGCGAAGAUCCGCCACCGUCUCGGGCUCUCUCUGUGGGCCAGUGGGAAUCUGGAGGAAGCCCAACAUCAGCUCUACCGGGCAUCUGCACUGUUUGAAACAAUCCGCCAUGAAGCCCAGCACAGCACAGACUACAAACUCUCCCUGUUUGACCUACAAACUUCCUGCUACCAGGCACUCCAAAGGGUCCUCGUCAGCCUAGGUCACCACGAUGAGGCCCUGGCAGUGGCAGAGAGGGGUCGUACACGAGCCUUUGCGGACCUUUUGGUGGAGAGGCAGACCGGCCAGCAGGACUCAGACCCCUACACCCCAGUAACAGUGGACAACAUCCUGGACAACGUCAACAGCCAGAGGGCCUUGGUGCUUUAUUUCUCCAUGGCUGCUGGUUACUUGUACAGCUGGCUGCUGGCUCCAGGAGCAGGUAUCCUGAAGUUUCAUGAGGUGUACUUGGGCGAGGGUUUAUCAGACGGAGGGUCAGACUUCCAGGAGGGUGGCGGCAGUGGAGUGGUCAGUGGCUCAUCGUUGGAGCAGCAAAUUGCCAGUGCCCGGGAGGCCCUUGGAGUCGAGUCUUAUUACAGCCGAGGGUGUUCGAGCAGCGAAACGGAGAGCGAGGCUGGGGAUUUGUUGGACCAACAAUUUGAGGAGCUCAACAACAAGCUUAACUCAGUCACCGAUCCAACAGGCUUCCUGCGCAUGGUGUCCAGAAACAACCUGUUCAACAGGUACGA